AUGGGUCUCUGCGCAUCUUCAGAAAAGAACAGCAGCACUUCUGACACGCAGACCAUCAGUGCUGGCAGCGCUGACAAUGCUAAGGUAUCGUCUCAGCAGCAGCUACAAACACAGCGACAGAAGACUGCAAGGACAGUCAACACAGUCAAUCAACAGCAGAAGCAACAACAGCGGGGUGGGCACGAUAUUAAGGGCAACAACAUCAGCAUUAACAACGCGAUAUCUCCUACGGCCACAGCAAACACCAACGGAUCACAGCAGAUCAAUAUCGACUCUGCCCUAAGGGACAGGACGACUAAUGGUGCAGCACAGCCAACAGUAUCGGAUGCGUCGAGUGGUAGCAAUGGCAAAGAGUUGAAGGUGCUAUUAUUGGGUGCUGGUGAAAGUGGUAAGUCCACGGUGUUGCAGCAGCUGAAAAUUUUACACCAGAACGGGUUUACCGAGCAAGAAAUCAAAGAGUACAUUCCGCUGAUCCAUCAAAAUCUAUUGGAAAUUGGCAGGAACAUCAUCCAGGCGAGAACAAGGUUCAACGUUGGCUUGGAACCGGGGUGUGAUCUGACACAACAAGACCUAUCCGAGACGUUGUCAUACGAAAUUCCCCGUAACUACACGGGCCAGUUCCCCGCAGAUAUCGCGGGCGUAAUAUCUGAAUUAUGGUCUUUGCCGUCUACACAGGAGCUGAUCAAUGGCCCCAAUGCAUCGAAGUUCUAUCUGAUGGAUUCGACGCCUUACUUUAUGGAGAAUUUUAGCAGGAUCACUUCGCCUAACUACAGACCCACCCAGCAGGACAUACUGAGGUCAAGACAGAUGACAUCAGGGAUCUUUGAUACGGUCAUCGAUAUGGGCUCAGACAUUAAGAUGCAUAUCUACGACGUGGGCGGCCAGCGUUCGGAGAGAAAAAAAUGGAUCCACUGCUUUGAUAACGUCACUUUGGUAAUAUUUUGCGUUUCCUUAUCCGAAUACGACCAAUCAUUGAUGGAGGACAAGAACCAAAACAGGUUUCAAGAAUCGCUGGUGCUUUUUGACAAUAUCGUCAACAGUAGAUGGUUCGCCCGUACAUCUGUAGUGCUCUUUCUAAAUAAAAUCGAUCUUUUUGCUGAAAAACUAAGCAAAGUGCCAAUGGAAAAUUACUUUCCAGACUACACUGGCGGCUCGGACAUCAAUAAGGCCGCCAAGUACAUUCUCUGGAGGUUUGUACAGUUAAACAGAGCGAACCUAAGCAUAUACCCUCACGUAACUCAGGCUACAGAUACCUCGAACAUAAAAUUGGUAUUUGCCGCUAUUAAGGAAACCAUUUUAGAAAAUACUUUGAAAGACUCUGGGGUACUGCAAUAA